CUCCUGCAGGCUGAUAGUAAGAGCGAGCGACCGCAGGUUCAGCAGCGAUCCGCCUGCAUGUAAAGAGCUGGAGUUAAAUCAGAUCUGAUAGAGCUGCAACGGGACUUGAGCGUCCAGAAAAAAAGACAAAAGCAAAAAAUACUGGAAAAUGUUUGACCAACUACAAUGAGUGCAGAAGGCAGAGAGACCCUCAUAUGACACGCACGAAGCCAAUUUUGACGAGCAAUUGUGAGACGACUUUGGAUUCCUAAAAAAGGGAACAAAUAAGAAAAAAAAACAAGAAAGUGGAUCCCCCUCAGUAAGAAAGAUGAGAAAUACUUGGUGGUCCAUCCGGAGUGCGAGUUUGGAAUACUGGACCACGGUCAUGGUGUGUCUGUUUUGGAUUCAGUGCUCAUGUGGGAUGCCUCAUGUCAUACGAAUAGGAGGGAUUUUUGAACAGACAGACGGGCCGGUCCCACUCGUCAGUGCAGAAGAGCUGGCUUUUAAAUUUGCUGUUAAUAACAUCAACAGAAACAGGACAUUAUUGCCAAACACAACAUUAACAUAUGACAUCCAGAGGAUUAAUAUCUAUGACAGCUUUGAGGCCUCAAGGAAAGCUUGUGACCAGCUGUCUUUAGGUGUAGUGGCCAUAUUUGGGCCAUCUCAUAGCUCCUCGUCAAAUGCAGUGCAGUCGAUCUGCAAUGCGCUGGAGGUACCACACAUCCAGGUGCGGUGGAAACAUCACCCCAUGGACAACAGAGACACAUUUUAUGCCAACUUGUACCCAGACUACUCCUCUCUCAGCUACGCUAUCCUGGACCUGGUACAGUUCCUCAAGUGGAAAACAGCCACUGUGGUGUAUGAUGACAGCACUGGUCUGAUCAGACUGCAGGAGCUGAUCAUGGCCCCAUCUAGAUACAACAUUAGGCUGAAGAUCCGCCAGCUCCCUCUGGACACCACUGAUACUCGUCCGCUGCUGAAGGAGAUGAAGAGGAGCCGAGAGUUCCGCAUCAUCUUUGACUGCAGCCACAUCAUGGCAGCCCAGAUACUCAAACAAGCCCAGAUGAUGGGAAUGAUGACAGAGUACUACCACUACAUCUUCACUACUCUGGACCUCAUGGCUAUCAAUCUAGAGCCAUAUCGUUUCUGUGGGGUUAAUUUGACCGGCUUCCGCAUCUUGAAUGUGGACAAUCCUCAGGUGGCCUCCAUCGUAGAGAAAUGGUCCACAGAGAAGCAGAUCCCUCCAAAACCAGACUCUGGUCUGCUGGAAGGAAUCAUGACGACAGAUGCUGCUCUGACGUAUGAUGCGGUCCACAUCGUGUCCGUCUCCUACCAGCACGCACCGCAGAUGACAGUCAACUCGCUGCAGUGCCACCGCCACAAGCCCUGGAGGUUCGGCGGGCGCUUCAUGAGUUUCAUUAAGGAGUCACACUGGGAUGGCCUAACUGGACGAUUGUCCUUCAAUAGAACCACAGGCUUGCGGACAGACUUUGACCUUGACAUAGUUAACCUGAAGGAAGAUGGCCUGGAAAAGGUGGGGAAGUGGAGUGCUUCAGGAGGGCUAAACAUCACUGAGGUCCCCAAGCGAAACGGCAUGAACAUCACCGACUCCCUCUCCAACCGCUCGCUCGUCAUCACCACCAUACUGGAGGAGCCAUAUGUCAUGCUUAAGAAGUCUGACAAGGCGCUUGUUGGCAACGACCGCUUUGAGGGCUUCUGCAUUGACCUGCUGAAGGAGCUGGCCAGUAUUCUGGGCUUUGCUUAUGAGAUCCGCCUCGUGCCUGACGGCAAAUACGGCUUCCAGGAUGACAAGGGCCAGUGGAAUGGAAUUAUAAGAGAGCUUAUGGAGCAUAGAGCAGAUCUGGCUGUAGCUCCCCUGACCAUCACCUUUGUACGGGAGAAAGUGAUCGACUUCUCCAAGCCCUUCAUGAACACGGGGAUCAGCAUCCUGUACCGCCGGCCCAACAGCACCAACAGCGGCUUCUUCUCCUUUCUCAACCCCAUGACCCCUGACAUCUGGGUCUACAUCCUGCUGGCUUACCUAGGCGUAAGCUGUGUCCUUUUUGUUAUUGCCAGAUUCAGCCCAUACGAGUGGUACGACGCCCACCCGUGUAACCCAAGCUCCGAUGUGGUGGAGAACAACUUCACGCUCCUCAACAGCUUUUGGUUCGGUGUGGGCUCCCUUAUGCAGCAAGGUUCUGAGCUGAUGCCCAAAGCUCUCUCCACACGGAUCAUAGGAGGAAUCUGGUGGUUCUUCACCUUGAUCAUCAUCUCCUCCUACACGGCCAACCUGGCCGCCUUCCUCACAGUGGAGAGGAUGGACUCACCCGUCGACUCGGCCGACGACCUGGCCAAGCAGACCAAGAUCGAGUAUGGCGUGGUAAAAGAUGGAGCUACUAUGUCAUUCUUCAAGAAAUCCAGGGUAUCAACAUUUGAGAAGAUGUGGGCCUUCAUGAGCAGUAAGCAGAGCACAUCGCUCGUCAAGUCAAUUGAAGAUGGUAUCCAAAGGGUCCUGAAGUCUGACUAUGCCUUGCUUAUGGAGUCUACUACCAUUGAAUAUGUGACUCGCAGGAACUGUAACCUAACCCAAGUUGGAGGCAUUAUUGACAGCAAAGGCUACGGCAUUGGCACACCCAAAGGCUCUCCAUACAGGGACAAAGUGACCAUAGCCAUCUUAAGUUUACUGGAGGAUGGGCGGCUGCAUGUGCUGAAGGAGAAGUGGUGGAGCGGAAGCAGCUGUCAGGAAGACGAGCGUUACGAAGCAGGCCCAAUGGGCAUCCAGAACCUGGGUGGCAUCUUCAUCGUGCUGGCAUCAGGCCUGGUGCUCUCCGUCUUCGUGGCUAUAGGGGAGUUCAUCUACAAGCUUCGGAAAACAGCAGAGCGUGAACAGGUCUUUCUGCAGUGCGGUGGUGGAAGAGAUCAGACUGUCGUUCACGUGCGAGAGAAGAGUGAAGCACAGGCGCCACCACCAGCCGCCGGCCAUGGUGAAGACGGACGCCGUGAUCAACAUGCACACCUUCAACGACCGUCGCCUGCCGGGAAAGGACAACAUGAGCUGCAACACCGCGAUGACGCCCGUGUUUCCAUGACCUGCCUGGGGGACGGUCACCUGAGGCACGUUCCCGGCGCCGCACCUGACAGCAGGGACUACGGCUCCGAGAUGAUCACGGCAUUCACCAUCAACCGCAGAGACAUCCGCAACCAAACGGCCAAUCAGAACGGCGGCAGUAGCAGCAACCCAGGUAACGACCACAUCCUCAAGCCAAUGUACCCCACCAUGCCACUGAGGGAGGGAGGCCGCUCCGUGUCCUUCCUGUGAAAGAGAGCCAGCCACGAGGCCAGAGCUGUCCGGCCCUGCGUCUGAUGUUUAUGUAUGAAACACAAACACAUGUUCACCAUCUGUUCUCUGGAAAUCGAAGGAGUAUUCCCCUCCUCCAUCUCUCCACCCCGUCCCCCAUACUGAGAAAAAAGACAAGCAUCUCAUUAGAACAAAUGAAAUAAGAGAGAAAAGAGGCUUCUUUGAAGCAUGGCAAUAAAUGAACUACAGACUGACACAAGGGGUGUAGUUUUUUUUCCUAGAGUAUCAUUUAUAGCACAUUCAAUUCAUUUUGGAAAUUCAGUGACUGACUAUUUUUAUUUGGAUUCUGUCAAAAAUGCUGAGGGCCUUUGGCACUAUUGGCAAGGGAACAGUUCUAUGGGAGCUACAUUGCAGGCAUGCUUUGGACCUUAAUGAAUGAUUUAAUUUGGGUUGGUAGACUUGGCAACUGGGUAAUAUCUGCAGUUAGUGACAGUGUGCGCAGUUCUAGAUCUGCGACUUCCAAGGAGACUACAGAGAAACGUGGCGCCCUCCCUGGUUCACAGAUUGAAUGCACAAAACAAACAGGGUUGACAUAACUCAAGCUAACAAAGCAUAUUGCCAUUUAAAUGAGCAGAGUUGUUUUUCCACCCUGAAAUUAAUAACGGUUCUGUAUGUUGUGCCGUGUCUCAUCAUAGUGCCAGGACUAAAAUUCAAUUUGUUUGUGCUCUACAUCGUACGUUGCCGCCAGAUGUUUUGUACACAUUAAAUGAUAAUGAGAUGACUGAUUAACACAAUAAUUGCCAAAGAUCUGUCCACAAAACGAGUUAGAUAUCUGAAUACACCAUCCACUCUGAAAUUGCAGAGGGUAAGACUGAUGCCGUGGUAUUGGAAAACUGCUUAUUGUGCAAAUACACACACAAGUUCACAUACUUCACUUUACUGCAUAGCAUUCUACUUUUUGCUUAUACUAAUGUCAUAGAACUUUCCAGGUUUAGCAUUUUUUAGGAAGUAAAUACAUGUUUUAUUACCAUGUGUUUUAGUGAGAUGCAGACACAUUCUACAUAAACAGUUGCCCCGUCCCCUUUCUAAGGGCCUACAAAAGCAUUUAUACUAAUACAUAAAACAUAUAAUUAGGUAUGUGCCUAAUGUGGUAUAUCGGAAUAUAUUCAGUAUGACCUUGGUUAUUUGGUCAGUAUGGUCUGAAAUUAGCACAGUAUGUUCCUAUGCAUUUCAGUUUCUUUCCAUCUAUUUCUGUACUCAUUGCCUGGGUCCUUGAGUGAAGAGACUAGCAAAGUGGAUGAAAAAGAAGACGAGUGGUCCUUGUGUUAUCAUUUACAUGACGUACAUUUUUAGGACUGGAAAGCAUUAUAUGCUACAUUUCUGCCGUCAGUCUGAUCAUGUCAUAUCUUAACAUUACUUCCUCUCGUGAUGUUCUAAUCCUGACGUAACCCCCAAAAUCCAUUUGUUAUAACAUUAUUUACAUAUGCUAUCUAGUAGUUUGGUGAAGUACGCUCCUUAUUUAAGGAGCGUACUUCUAAUAAUAUUUGUAUUGCCGUCAGUUACAUGUUGUCUGUAAGUAAUCAGACAGUGGCGCAGUUUUCCCGUUUUGGCUCUGCAUUCCAGCAAACUGGAUUUGAAAUCAUACAAUGAGGUUAAAGUACAGAAUUUCAGUCUGAACUCAAAGACAGAUGAAGAAUUAACAAAAAGCCUAAAUGAAAUUGUCACUUGGUUACAAAUCCUUUACAAUCAAAGAUUCAUAGACAUGACCAGGCAAUGAAGAUCUUCCCUGGUGCUGCUCUGCCAGGUCUGUAAUGCAGCCCAAUUCAGUUCCUCCCCAUUUGAGGGAGUUUCUGCCUUCAAUAAGUGAAAUGCAUGUUCAGUGGAUUUCAGAUUGGGUGAUUUACUUGGCCAGUGUGGAAAAUUCCACUUUUUAUCCCUGAAAAACUCUGUAGUUGCUUUAGGAUGUUUUGCAUUAUUGUAUUACUGCAAGGUGGGUAAAGCACCAUGUUUUGAGGCAUUUUGUUGGAUCGGUUCAGUUAAAAUGCUUCUGUACACUUCAAAAUUCACUGUACUGCUGUCAUCAGCAGUCAAUAAUAAAACCAGGUGAGCCAGUUCCACUGUCAGUCAUAUGUGCCCAUACCACAGUAUUUCUGUUUUUUUUUAAUCCAUGCUUUCGUUUUUUCAUUACAUCUUCACAUCUGACCAAAAUAAUUUGUCCCUGAGCUCUAUAGGCUUUUAAGUCCUUUUUAGUUUGGCCUUUUUAUGCUUGAGAAAUACCAGCAGUUUGCAUCAUGCUAGGUAUUCAACACUUCAUAGUGCUCUAUGACAUUUCUGCCUGCAUUCCAAAUAGGGUUGUUUAUCUAUUCAGCACUAUUUGCUCAUGUCAUUACUUUGACACACCUAAUGUUUUGAAUAUAUCUGACUGACCUAUUUUAAUCCUUUCAGCCUCAUAAUGACCUGCUAUACUUGGACUAACACUUCUUUGGUCCUCAUGUUGAGUGACAAUAGCAACAGACCCCAGAUCUUGAAUCAGCUCUAGGCCUUUCGCUAGCUGUCUUGAACAUGAUGCAACUUGAUGCUAAUGAUGCAACAGCUCAAGAAAUAAUUGAGCACUUAUCCCCUAAAAUGGGGAGGCAAUGUGUAAAAAAGAGCUGUGAUUUUUAUAUGGUUCAUUCAGUGUACAGUGCUGUGCAAAAGUCAGAGACUAGCCUUCAUUACUUUGAAUUUGCAGUCAAAACAGCAAAAAGAGCAAGUUCUCAUUUUCAGGAGAUAUGUCUAAAUGAAUUGGAUUCACUCGCAUGAGAAAAGGGAAAGUCAAAGCAAGAUAAGUGGGGGGAAAAAAAGAAGCAAAAAAUGCAACCAACUUUGCAGUCUGACUUUGGAGGUGUGAUAAAAUAUUUUUCUUUGAAAAGUGUUUGCCUUCAUUACAGCUUCCAUAUUAUACCAAAGUAUGGACAAUAUUAAAAAAAAAAGCUAUUUUAUUGAGAGUGGCUUCUAUUUGUCUUCUUUUUUCCUAGUGCUGAAAAAAGGUCACAACCAUUUUUGACUGGAAAACAAAUGAAGGGUGGUCGCUUACAUUUGCACAGCACUGUAGCUGUGAUAAAUAAAUUAAACAGUCUGCACUUUAACCUCAAUCAUUAUUCCACCUAAAAAUAAAAUGUGCUCAGCACAAACAAAUAUUGUGCUGCUAUCCAGUUAUUUAAGGCAUUCCUACAAUGACCACCACGUCCCUACAUUCACUGUGUUGACGUGUUUGCAUGCAUGUGUGCAUGCAUGCAUGCCUGGUGUUUCAAUGCAUUUCAUCUGGCCAAAAUUCUGCUAAAUGUCCUUGGUUUUUGCACAGCCUUUAGCCUAUUCAUUUUUGCAGGUGUGAGCUAAAAGCUUUGGGGGGGGGUAGCUAGGCUUUUAGCUUUGCUUUGUCUGAGGACAUGCUGCAGUCUGCCAGGGUGCCCACUGAAAGUACUUGUCUGAGAGUCCUGCACAGACUUGAGAUUUACUAUUUCGAUUUCUCUCAGAAACAGGGCAGAAAAUAGGGACUAGUAUUCGUAGGACAACGUCAGAAUGAAAAAUGGAUGAGGGACCCUCUUUUUUGGAUCCAAGCUUAUUUCCCUUAGGCAAUGAGCAGAAUUAAGCGGCAGUUCCCAUAGACUGCAUUAGGCUAGGCUCCGUGUCAAAGGUUUCCUUAGUUUGUUGUGUAGAUGUGACAAACAAUGCAAAUGAGCAGUGUUAGCAUUAUGAGAUGUAGGUGCUAAGAGUCUUCACUUGCUGCCUUUUCAGGCAGCACAAGAGACUGCAUACCUCUGUGAGGUAAAUAUAAAGGACAGUGCUGAAAACACUUUGCGUUCUUUUUAUUGCAGAUAAUGUACUGAUCAAAAUAACUCCAAUUCAUGUGAUUUGGUGUUGACUCGGUGAAAGCUCAUUGUGUUUAGUGGCAUUUAAAUUCUGUGUAAUUUUAACACCCUCUUGCAAAGUAGACUAUAUAUUAGAUGAAAAGGAAAAUUACUGUAUUUUGCUAAAUACUGAUUUUUACCUGUAAAUCUUUAUUCCCAGCACCAUUCCUCUUUAUAAUCUGACAAAUGCCGUAUCAGAAAUUGUACAUGCGUUUUGUAGUAUAGGAUCUGUUCUAUGGCUAUACAUGAGAUGGAUUUAGAGGACAUUGAUACUAUCUCUAAAUCUAAUUACCUGAGCAACCAAUUCAUUAACAGCAGGGGUUGAUAUCAGUACCAAGUGAACAAAGGAAACAGUUUGAUGUAUGUACUCCCCUUUUAAAUAAAAAAAACUAAUGUAUUCAUAUCAAGUGUAUGUAAAUAAAGAAUAGUAUUUGAUUCUUGGAGCAGUAGCUGUGAUUGCUUUAGAGGAAGGUAUGAUUUAUCAUGAUUUCUCUCACUCUCCUUCAGCACCUGGCUCUUUGGAUCAGCAUCAACUUAUGUUGCACAGACUUUCAAAAUGUUUGGUUCAAAACAAGAGAUUACAAUGUGAGACGAUGCCUUUAUUUGAACAUAUCCCUGUACUGAAAUCCACAAGUAACAGACUGGAUACCAAACAACAAAUAAAUUUGGUAAAAAUAGACUAAACCUUUCUUUACACUUAAAGUCAACAGACAUUGUGGUACAAUGAGUAUUUUGCAAUUUUUGUAAGAUAUAAUCAUAAUUAUCCUUACACUGUGACAAAUCAGUUUCAUUACAUUGCCAGAGUGUGAAGACCACAUUGACCACAUAUUUCCGUAUACUUUAUGAACCGAAUAUUAUAAAUGAUGACUUUUUUUUUCUGUACUGAUUGCAACUUAACAUAGAAAAUUUAGUUUGGGUAUUUGAAUCAGUCCUAUUUAUGGAGCAUAAACCUCUAUUUUAUAAAAAGAAUGAAUAAGCAAUGUGAAUACUGUUGUUUUGCAAAAUUAUAUGAAACAAAAAAUAAAACAAACUUUUACAGAACGUGUGAUCCAUUAAUAUUUUUCGUUUGAAAAUGGUUAUGUCUCCUUUAUUUGACCCUUUUUGGAGGGUGGGGGGCUGGGGUGUUGCACUUGAUCACUAAGCAGAAAACAUGUAUAAUCAAACAGCUGAUCUCAUGGUGCCACCCAGGGUUUAUUUGUGGAGAUGAAUUUCUAUGAAUAUAGUUUUUUGUAAUGUUUUGUAUUUUUUUUUUCUUAGUAAUAGUAUGUGCUGAGAGACGACAUAGUAUAUCUGAUGUUGAUAAAAAGGGAGGAUUAAGAAGACAGGAGAGUGAGUGAAUUAUUUUUCUUUUGACACACUGUGAAUAAUUCAAUUGUACAGAUUGCUGUAUGGGUUACAUGCUUUUGAAAUUUUGAAUAAAAACAUAUGAAAUAUU